GUGGUGUUGAGUGCUAAAGAAAGAAGAUUUUAUUUGCAUUUUUUUUUUCAUAAUUUAGGUUUGUUUAUUACUAACUAACAUACCAUUUCUGUCGCCCGUAAGUAGCCAGUUGAACAGUAGAAGAAAGUAGAUUUUGCACAGUUUGAAAUAGCAACUGAUAAAUCAGCAUUGACUAUACAUACCUGUCAUAUACCUUGUUGUAACAAACUAGUGCAAUGGAUGAAGAGGCUGCAAAUGUAUUUAUGACUAAUCUUGUCAAAAAUAUUCAGAUGUUGUGCCAUGGUCAUUUACCCUUCAGUGAUAAUGUAGAAGUUAUAGGACAUUUGUAUUUGAACAUCGACUGUGGAAAAAAACUAAAUUAUAUUGUGAAUGAGAAAUACAGCAAGUUGAAUCAAGCGACAACAUUUACAAGUAACAGUUUUCAUGCAGAACCCUCAAAAGACAAAAGCUCACAUGCUAAAAACAGUAGUAAUGCACCAGAAUUACAUGGAAAUGUGAGAAAAUUUAAAAGAGCAGCUAAAUCAUUAAGUGUUUCUUCUAGUCCAUCAAAAGUGCGUAAAAUUCGAGAAGAGUAUAGAGAUGACCCUGUUAAUGAUGUGAAUGAUUCUGUUGAUAAUUCUCUUGGUGUGACUUUUUCUAUACAACGUAAUGAUAACGAUCAAGAGAGAAUACCAAGUAUUAAUAGUUCCAAUGUUAUAAUAAAAAGUGAAACUAAUCAACAUACUUUUAAAACAGAAGUUGAAAAUCCAACACCCACAUUAGAAGGAGAUCCAAGUGAUGUUCAGUAUGCAUCUGGAUCAACAUCUAAUCCGAAUGACUCUUACUCUUCAUUUUAUUCACCCGCAGAUGGAGAAAAUGAAGAAAGUGAAUCAGAUGAGAUUAUGGGAGGAAUACUUCAACAUGAAUAUAAAGAUGAAGAUAUUGAAUAUACAAUUAUUGAAAUGGGAACACAACAAGGUAGACCCAUGUUAGUUGAUAGUAUCGGAUAUUGUUACACCAUGAGGAAAAAAACAGAUUUAUGUGUUAGAUGGUGGUGUUCUUUAAGAAAUAGACAUGGAAGAUGUCCUGGCUCAGUUGCACAAAGAGGGGAAAGUUUUAAACGAGGAUCAAUAAAACAUACACAUGAUCCUAAACCUGGUUUAUUGACAGCAAAACUUGUUGUUGCAGAGGCAAGAGCUCAAGCUAAUAAUGAUUUUGUAACUCCAAUAUCCGAAGUUGUUGAAAGAGCAAUGUCUGUGAAGGGCACAGAGGAUGAGUCCAUUUUACCAAAACAAAGUAAUUUAAAAAGAAUGAUUAACAGACAUAGACAACAGAAACGACAAGAAUUGUUUCAUAAUCACUAGCUGGCUGUGGUUUUUAUUCAAAAACUAUUAUAAUUGUCUUAUUUUAUGGUUCCUUGCUUAAAUAAUUCCACUCAAAAACUGUGUCAUUAUAAUUUAAAGUGACAGAUUAUACAUGUGCCUGGAAAUUUUCAUAAAAACAUUUUAUUAUGUACAUCAGCAUUGUGGAUAAUUUUUUAUUGAUAUAAAUGUUAUGUAUAUUGAAGAAAACUGGUUUGUAUUACUUUCUAUGAUGCCUGAUGUAGUGUUGUGUGCAUGGCAG